AAAAAAGUCUGUGGAAUGGAAUCGUCCGCAGUAGAGGAGUAUGUAAAGGAGACAGAGAUAGGCAAAUCCCUUUUGUGUCAUGAUGGGAUGAUUGAGCCAUUUCAGUGCUUCUUGUUCGCGUUGUUUAUUGAUGGGUGCCAAACAUUCGGGAGUCACGUAGCCUCCUCCUGCCAAUCCAGUAGUGGUUGUUGGUGUGUCGUCAUCGUCAUUGUCAUCAUUUUGUGUAUUGUUGUUGUUGUUGUUGUUGCAGUGUGGACAAUGCCGAUAACCCGGCAAUGCGCGCAAUACUUCAUCUCGUAUUUUUUGAUCCCACAAUUGCAAUAAUUGGGCGUCGCCCGACAAGGCCAUAAUGGCAUCUUUGGGUCGCAGUGGUAGUGGACACACGGGACAUUUGAGUGGUCCGUGAUGCGCGGGAUCUCGUACCAAACUGGACGCAUACAUCGUGAGACAGUCCUUGCACACGGCAUGGCCACACGCCGAAGUAAUGUGCCAUUCGGAUUUAUCGGUAGGCGGUGUCAUGCAGACGGGACACGGCGUUCCACUUGGAGGUAUGGACCAGACAAAUUUGGAAUUGAAUUUUCGUUUGGCACCUCGUAGUAGAUCCCAAAAUUCAAAGCCUUCACUGCCUUGCGAUCGUCCCGCCCAUGUCUUCCACGAAUCUUCUCCCGCCGUGGAUGCCAAUACGGCGUCGGAAGUGCUCUUGCGACGGUUGCCGUACAUCAUUCUUUGUUCUAUUCUUCUAUUCUUUUCAGGUUAACUCAGUUCUGUUUUUGUAGCUAUGUCAUAGGAAUGUUGGCUUGUGUCUUGGAUCGUUGCUUGUCAUGUCUGAUAUCGUCUUUCCUUGAUUGCGACUGUACCAGUAUCUCUGGGUUCAGCGAGUUGAUUGAGAUCAGAACGCCUCCAAAUCGUGCUUGUGUCUGAUACGGAAGGCAAAUAAGCCUUAACCCUGUUGAGUCCAGUUAGUCGAUUGAAAGAACCAAAGAGAAGUCAAAAGAGAAGUGACGUCGGCGUCAGCUACACAAGCAUCACAACUCCCACAUCACCCCAACAUGGCUGUCACCGACCAAUCGAAGGCGCAAUGAUGCGACCGACACGCAUCCAUUGUUCCGGUAGUUGUAGUAAGGGAGGACGUCAUUGUUCGAGUUUGGCUCCUCCACAAGAAAUCACAAUCCCAUUCUCUUGUUUCUGAUUGCUUCCGUCAAGAGCACUAUUUCUGUUGCAUUAGAAAAGUAUAUUUGUUACUGUUUCUUAGUUAGUUGUUGACAAUGAUGCUCCAACGACUCUCCAAUUUGGGGAGAAACACUGCCGUCAUCUCGAGGUUGUAUGGGUUGAGGGGAGCUGUUAGGAGCUCUACCAUUGUCAUUAAUACCACCACCACCAAGCCACCACGUUCCUCCUAUACCUACCAACCGGUCCACUAUUUCUCCAGUACCAGCCACAAUACACUCGUCGACGGCGAUGAUGAUGAUGAUGAUGAAUUGGAAGAAGAUGGUGCAGAAACGGACUUGGAGGAACAAGCUCAAAAUCUCGAUUACAGCGAAGAUGAAUUCCCACGUCCGCUUCCACCCAAGGUAUCUUCUACCGGCAACAAGACUGCCUCUACUCAAGACAACACCAUGCAUAGUACCAUUUCCUUUGAACCCCCCGAACCAGUCCAAAUUCCACAAGACGUCAUGGAUCGGAUUGAAAAACAAGAAUGGCAAGGAGGGCGCAUGCGAGCCGCCCAACACGGCGUCUUGCACGAAGAUCCCAAAAUUGACAUGCGACUAUUAAUGGAGAAUUAUUCCGUUGCCAGUUUGGCAUCGGCUUUGAGGGAUCGAGAAGAUGUCUUGCAACAAUGCGCGCUAUUGGCGGAAGCUGGCGAUUAUCAGGAAUUGGAAAAAGUAUUGACCAAUUUUCAUCCUCGUUAUGUUCUCCAGAGACGCAAACAACGACGCCGGCUGGAUGUCUGUCGUCAUUUGGAUGCCGGAUCACUGGAAGUCAUUCGCAAGGCACUCAUGCGCAUGCCACGGACCGUCACCACGGCGCAUACCCAACGCGCUGGAGUCGUCAUUCCACUUUGUUUGGUGAAUGGCGUGCCAUCCCUAUUACUCGAGAAGAGAUCGCCGCAUUUGCGCGCGCAUCCCGAUGAAGUCUGUUUGCCCGGAGGCAUGGUCUGUAGUAUUCAUGAUACGACCAUUGUCUCGACCUGUUUGCGGGAAAUGAAGGAAGAAAUACCGGGGCUCGAUAUGAGUAUAGUCCAAGUGCUGGGCAUUCUACGAUGCAAUUGGGGUGAAGUCCAUCAUUUGGUCGGAGUGGCUGUUACACCGGUGGUGUGUUAUUUGGGAGAAGUACCAGACAAUCCACAAACCAAUACCGAUGAAGUCGCCAAAGUAUUCACCAUUCCACUCUCCAAGUUACUCGAAAAUAGUUUGUGGGUACAAAAGGAAGAUUUGGCUCCCAUCUUUGUCGGUGGACCGGAAAUUAUUUGGGGAUUGACGGGGUACAUUCUGGAACGGUUCGUCAAGGAUAUUGUAUUGCCCAAUCAUAUUCGGAAGGAUCAUCAUUUGCAUCAUCAUUCGCUCAAGACUGUGUAAAGAAUAUACAGCAACAAUAACAACACCACCAAUGCACUGAAAGGAUGGAUUCUUUCUACGCGGGUGUCCGAACAGCACAGGCGCUACUGACUGUACUGCGAACAAACGGUGGCUGGGCAGUUUCGCCAUGGCGCCAAUUCCUGCAGCAAAUUAGCUUACUUUUGACAGUUGCGUCCACCGGAAGGUAAAAAAUCGGACAUCCCAGGUCAAAUGCGUUUUCUGUCUGUCACUCUGAGUGAAGAAAGUUGAAUUGGAAAGGGCUGCGCAGACGGACCAAAAGCAAAGAGGGAGGGCCAAACGUCGAAACCACUUUCAUUCUCUUUUUUAAAAGAUGUUUGACCUACAUAGCUAGCUAGUAAAUAAUGAACCAAAGACUGUCUAAUCAUGAGCCGGAAGUUACAGGUCUGGGAUGAGUGCGUGUGUUUGCUGGUGCAGGGAUGCACUACUAGUACGGUAUCUAGACUACAUCUAACA